CUUUGGUACAAACUUUCUCAUGCUUUGACUGUCCUACAAAAGAGGACAACGCUGAACGACUGUGGCAGAUGGGCUGGUGAACAGGGUGGGGAGGAAACCCCUGGGCUUCUGGGGGCUGCCCCAGCGCAAUCCCCCCGUGUCGUCCUCGCAGUUGUUAGCAGGUGCCGCUUCGCCUGGGCGGGCUUCCCCAGGCGCUGUCCUCCCUGGGGCGGCGAUCUUCCAGAUGGAGGCGGACCCAGGAGGAAGGGGCCUUUUCCGGGAAAUUGGGUGCGGUCCCACCCACUGAAGCUGGACCGCCCCCCCCUUCCCCACUUUGCGGUGCGCACAGCCGGCGCGCGGACGUCCACCCCAUCCCAUCCGGAGCGGAAUUUCAAAGACCAUCUGAGUUUCUCCAGCUCCCAGCUUUCCGCUAGGAAGAAGCGGCACUUCUGGGUAUGAUGGCUGUACAGAGGACCCGGCCAUUACUUCUGCUUUUGCUGCUGACCCUGCUGGGGCUAGGGCUGGUGCAGCCCUCCUAUGCCCAGGACCGCAUGCACCAGCGGUUCCUGCGACAACAUGUGCACCCUCAGGAAACAGGUGGCGAUGACAGCUACUGCAACUUAAUGAUGCAAAGACGGAGGAUGACCGUGAAUCAUUGCAAGCGCUUCAACACUUUCAUCCAUGAAGACAUCUGGAACAUUCGUAGCAUCUGUAGCACCACCAACAUCCAGUGCAAGAAUGGCAGGAUGAACUGUCAUGAGGGUGUAGUGAAAGUCACAGACUGCAGGGAGACAGGAAGUUCCAAGGUCCCCAACUGCAGAUAUCGAGCCAUGGCAAGCACUAGGCGAGUUGUCAUUGCCUGUGAGGGUGACCCAGAGGUGCCAGUGCACUUUGAUGCAUAGAUGCCACCCCCCAGGCUGGCCACUGAUUUACUCUGUCAUGUAUUUGAUAAGUCACAAGCUGUGUCUCCUCUGCUCAUUUCCUAUACUUUUUCUCCAUAUAAUCCAUUCUACUAAAUACAUUACAUACAAGAGAAAUGGAGGCAUAAACUGAUAAUGAGUCCAGGCUUUUCUGUAGUAAGCUUUCUAUAAUACCGGGCAGCUUAGCUCUCUCAGAUCCUAUCCUGGGGAAUUUAGUCAUUACAUGUAUGCAUGUAGUAUUUCAACCACUUCAAAGUGUUUUUUUCCAAGUUAGCUCACUUUGACACCCCAGCUCCACUUCGGUGCUAAUGAUGCUGAUAUAUACAGAAGCUCAAAGUGAAGGGAUUACUGAAAGACGGUCAAGUUAGGGGAAGACUGAGACAAAAAUCCAGUUGAACUGGCUGCUCAUACAGAACUCUCCCCACUUCCCAAGGAGUGCUCUGAGAAUGUCUGUUCUUGUCUUCCCAAAUGUCAGCCAUUGAGACAACCAUUUAAAGUUUGGAAAUAACAAACUGGAAGAAUUAAAGCUCUGAGUUAUUUGGCAUUAUUGUUAUGUUUGUGUCUGAUAAGAUCAAGAAAUUAUAUUACACAUUUUCUCCUUUUCUUCCCAGACUUAUGAAUCACCUUAGUAAGUCAGGGUGUUAAAAAAAAAUGUACUAUCAUAAAUACUCAUUAACUCUUCCUCACUGAAUGAUUCUUCUAGCUUUCCUUAUA